GGACCAUGGGCUCCAUGUUCCGGAGCGAGGAGGUGGCCCUGGUCCAGCUCUUUCUGCCCACAGCUGCCGCCUACACCUGCGUGAGUCGGCUGGGCGAGCUGGGCCUCGUGGAGUUCAGAGACCUCAACGCCUCGGUGAGCGCCUUCCAGAGACGCUUUGUGGUUGAUGUUCGGCGCUGUGAGGAGCUGGAGAAGACCUUCACCUUCCUGCAGGAGGAGGUGCGGCGGGCUGGGCUGGUCCUGCCCCCGCCUGAGGGGAGGCUGCCGGCACCCCCACCCCGGGACCUGCUGCGCAUCCAGGAGGAGACAGAGCGCCUGGCCCAGGAGUUGCGGGAUGUGCGGGGCAACCAGCAGGCCCUGCGGGCCCAGCUGCACCAGCUGCAGCUCCACGCCGCCGUGCUGGGCCAGGGCCAUGGACCCCAGCUGGCAGCCGCCCACACAGAUGGGACCUCAGAGAGGAUGCCCCUGCUACAGGCUCCCGGGGGGCCGCAUCAGGACCUGAGGGUCAAGUGAGUGAGGGGUUGACCUCUUGUCCUUUCUGGCCAGCCCAGAACCCCUGGCCAGUUGCUGGGCUGGGCCAGGCUGAGCUCCAACUCCUUGUCCAGUGCUCUCCCCUCUGUUCCUGCUCUCAGGCUGCCCCCACCUCCUCCUUCAGGCCUGGAACUUCCCACAGUCCCAAGCCCUGGCCCUGGGGGGGUCCUUCUCUUCUGGCCCUGCCCGGGAGGCCUCCUGCCUUCCGCUGUGGGCAGGGCCAGUGGGCCCAAUUGCCCGAUUACCCAUGCUGGUCAGGGUCCUUCCCCGGGGGCCUGGUGGGGGAGGCAGGGCGGGAGGUUGGAGCAGUCCUGCCCAGCCCCGUGGCCGCCAGCUUUGUGGCAGGUGCGGUGGAGCCCCACAAGGCCCCUGCCCUAGAGCGCCUGCUCUGGAGGGCCUGCCGCGGCUUCCUCAUCGCCAGCUUCAGGGAGCUGGAGCAGCCGCUGGAGCACCCCGUGACGGGCGAGCCAGCCAUGUGGAUGACCUUCCUCAUCUCCUACUGGGGAGAGCAGAUUGGACAGAAGAUCCGCAAGAUCACGGACUGGAGGAGGCCCGCCGCGGAGCCCUGCGGCAGCUGCAGCAGCAGAGCCAGGAGCUGCAGGAGGUCCUGGGGGAGACAGAGCGGUUCCUGAGCCAGGUGCUGGGCCGGGUGCUGCAGCUGCUACCGCCGGGGCAGGUGCAGGUCCACAAGAUGAAGGCUGUGUACCUGGCCCUGAACCAGUGCAGCGUGAGCACCACGCACAAGUGCCUCAUUGCCGAGGCCUGGUGCUCCGUGAGAGACCUGCCUGCCCUGCAGGAGGCCCUGCGGGACAGCUCGACGGAGGAGGGAGUGAGCGCCGUGGCUCACCGCAUCCCCUGCCGGGACAUGCCCCCCACGCUCAUCCGCACCAACCGCUUCACAGCCAGCUUCCAGGGCAUCGUGGACGCCUACGGCGUGGGCCGCUACCAGGAGGUCAACCCCGCUCCCUACACCAUCAUCACCUUCCCCUUCCUGUUUGCUGUGAUGUUUGGGGAUGUGGGCCACGGGCUGCUCAUGUUCCUCUUCGCCCUGGCCAUGGUGCUUGCGGAGAACCGGCCGGCAGUGAAGGCCGCGCAGAAUGAGAUCUGGCAGACUUUCUUCAGGGGCCGCUACCUGCUCCUGCUCAUGGGCCUGUUCUCCAUCUACACUGGCUUCAUCUACAACGAGUGCUUCAGUCGCGCCACCAGCAUCUUCCCCUCGGGCUGGAGUGUGGCAGCCAUGGCCAACCAGUCUGGCUGGAGUGAUACAUUCCUGGCCCAGCACGCGAUGCUUACCCUGGAUCCCAACGUCACCGGUGUCUUCCUGGGACCCUACCCCUUUGGCAUCGACCCUGUCUGGAGCCUGGCUGCCAACCACUUGAGCUUCCUCAACUCCUUCAAGAUGAAGAUGUCCGUCAUCCUGGGGGUCGUGCACAUGGCCUUCGGGGUGGUCCUUGGAAUCUUCAACCACGUGCACUUUGGCCAGAGGCACCGGCUGCUGCUGGAGACGCUGCCGGAGCUCACCUUCCUGCUGGGGCUCUUCGGUUACCUCGUCUUCCUAGUCAUCUACAAGUGGCUGUGUGUGUCGGCUGCCAGCGCUGCCUCGGCCCCCAGCAUCCUCAUCCACUUCAUCAACAUGUUCCUCUUCUCCCAUAGCCCCACCAACCGGCCACUCUACCCCCGGCAGGAGGUGGUCCAGGCCACGCUGGUGGUCCUGGCCUUGGCCAUGGUGCCCAUCCUGCUGCUUGGCACACCCCUGCACCUGCUGCGCCGCCACCGCCCCCACCUGCGGAGGAGGCCCGCUGGCCGACAGGAGGAAGACAAGGCUGGGUUGCUGGACCUGCCUGAUGCAUCUGUGAAUGGCUGGAGCUCCGAUGAGGAAAAGGCAGGGGGCCUGGAUGAUGAAGAGGAGGCUGAGCUCGUCCCCUCCGAGGUGCUCAUGCACCAGGCCAUCCACACCAUCGAGUUCUGCCUGGGCUGCGUCUCCAACACCGCAUCCUACCUGCGCCUGUGGGCCCUGAGCCUGGCCCACGCCCAGCUGUCCGAGGUUCUGUGGGCCAUGGUGAUGAGCAUAGGCCUGGGCCUGGGCCGGGAGGUUGGCGUGGCGGCUGUGGUGCUGGUCCCCAUCUUUGCCGCCUUUGCUGUGAUGACCGUGGCCAUCCUGCUGGUGAUGGAGGGGCUCUCGGCCUUCCUGCACGCCCUGCGGCUGCACUGGGUGGAAUUCCAGAACAAGUUCUACUCCGGCACAGGCUACAAGCUGAGUCCCUUCACCUUCGCUGCCACAGAUGACUAGGGCCCACUGCAGGUCCUGCCAGACCUCCGUCCUGACCUCUGAGGCAGGAGAGGAAUAAAGAGGGUCCACCCUGGGGA